CGAUUCUGUUUCCCUUCUGCUCUGGUUUCUAAAACUAAUGGAGAAUGUUCUUUGUAGCUCGGUCCUCAUUUGCACUCAGACCCACAUGGAUUUUCUCUCUAUAUCGCAGGACAUCAAUCUUGCUUUCAACUUCCACCUCCUGCUUGCAAGCUCGUCAUGCUCCACCCACGUUUUCAAAUCUAAAGCCUCUCAAUUCCGAGAUCUCAAGCUGUAUGAGAAAUGGGUUAGUGGAAGAAGCCCAGAAACUGUUCGACGAAAUGCCUCAACGAAAUGUUGUGACUUGGAACGCGAUGAUUCGCGGCUACUUCUUGAACGGGUGGUGUAGUGAUGGGAUUAGCUUGUUUCGUCGAAUGCCAGAGCGAGAUAUUUUUUCUUAUAAUACGGUGAUUGCUGGGUUGAUGCAAUGUGGGGAUGUUGAUGAUGCGAAGGAUAUUUUUGAUGUAAUGCCGUUUAGAGAUGUUGUGAGUUGGAAUUCGAUGAUUGCGGGGUAUGUUCGAAAUGGGUUACUUGAGAAAGCGAUACAGUUGUUCGAUGAAAUGCCUUUGAAAGAUGUAAUUUCUUGGAACUUGAUAAUUGGAGGGCUUGUAAACUGCGGCAAACUUGAUUCGGCUGAAGUGUAUUUUGGCAAAAUGAACAGGCGUGAUCUUGUGUCGUGGACCAUCAUGAUCUCGGGGCUUGCCCGUGCAGGACGCGUUGAGAAGGCAAGGAAGCUUUUUGAGAACAUGCCCAUGAAAGAUGAUCGAGCGUGGAAUGCCAUGAUGGCUGGGUAUAUAGAGAAUGGGCAGAUUGAAAUGGCAGAGGAGCUGUUUGAGAAAAUGCCUGAACGAAACUUUGAUUCUUGGAACGGUUUAGUGAAUGGAUUGGUUGGAAGCCAAAGGGUUGAAGAUGCUAGGAGACUUUUUAUGGAAAUGCCAGAGAAAUGCCAAAAGACAUGGAACAAUAUUGUGCUAGCAUACAUAAGGAAUGGACUGGUAAAAGAGACUCAUGGAGUUCUUGAGAAAACCCCAUAUGGUAAUAUAGUUUCAUGGACUAAUUUGAUCGUGGGAUACUUUGGGAUUGGUGAAGUUGGAAUAGCAGUGAAGAUCUUUGAAUCAAUCCAGGAUAAGGAUGCAACCAUAUGGAAUGCUACAAUAUUCGGAUUAGGAGAGAACGACCGAGGCGAGGAAGGUUUGAAGCUUUUUACUAGAAUGAUAAAGUUAGGUCCAUGUCUCGAUAAAGCUACAUUUACGAGUGUUCUAACGAUCUGUUCCAACCUGGAAGCUUUGCAGCUUGGUAGACAAGCACAUGGACUUGUUAUAAAAGCUGGAUUCAGUGACAUUGUUUCGGUUUCAAAUGCUAUGGUUACUAUGUAUGCAAGAUGUGGGAACAUGGAUUGUGCUUUGAUGGAGUUUCGUUCGAUGUCGAGCAGGGAUGUAAUUUCUUGGAAUUCUAUUAUCUGUGGGUUUGCUCACCAUGGAAAUGGAAAAGAAGCACUGGAAAUGAUUGAAAAAAUGAGAUUAGCUAACAUAGAACCUAAUCAUAUAACCUUUAUUGGUGUUCUGUCUGCUUGUAGCCAUAAGGGUCUAGUGGAACAAGGAAGGUACUAUUUCAAUUUGAUGAAAAACGAAUGUUCUAUUCAGCCAUUGAGCGAGCAUUAUACGUGCUUAGUUGAUUUGUUCGGGCGAUUCGGGCUUAUUGACGAGGCACUGAGUUUUCUAGUUGAAAUGAAAACGGAGGAAAUCGAAGUUCCUCCGAGCGUUUGGGGGGCUUUGCUUGGAGCUUGCAGAAUCCAUAAGAAUUAUGAUGUAGGGGUGAUUGCAGGUGAAAAAGUUCUGGAGAAGGAGCCUCAUAACUCUGGAGUGUAUUUGAUUUUAGCAGAAAUGUAUUUGGGAAGUGGGAAAAGAGAAGAUGCUGAAAGGAUUUUGGCAAGAAUGAAGAACAAUGGAGUUAAGAAACAACCAGGGUGUAGUUGGGUUGAGAUAAACAAUAGCGGACACGUCUUUCUUUCGGGAGAUCGUUCGAACCCGCAUUUUGAUAGAAUCUGUUGUGUUUUAAAGCUGUUGAAUCUGGAGAUGGAGUUGCAAACAACAUAGUGAUGAAUAAAAAUGCACG